GUUCGGUGCCUUCUCGCUAGACAAAAAGUAGAGAAUGCCCAAGUGCAUUCUCUAAAUGUGGUUAAUUGUCAACAAAACAUUUAAUUAUAACAAUUAUGAAUUUCUUGACUAAAGGUCUAGCGAACAUAGCUAGAUCUUGCCUCACUAAAUCCAUUCAAGGUAACAGCUCACAGUUAACAAGAUUAUGUGCGCAUCCUACUCCUCAAGGAAGUAUAGUAAGCACUGCUAACUCAUAUAUUGGGAACAUAAUACAAGGUUUCGCACAGAUAAGAUUGGGCUCGACGUUGAUGCAAAUACACCUACGUCGUAAAAGAGGUAUAAUACCAAAAAAGAAAAAAAGGCCAUUAGAUGGGAGACCAUUCUCAAAAGGUAUAGUGAUAAAGACACUGAUUAAAAAACCCAAGAAGCCAAAUUCUGCGAAUCGAAAAUGCGUACUAGUUCGGCUUUCAAGUGGCAAGGAAUUGGUCGCUUAUGUGCCCGGAAUUGGUCACAAUCUUCAAGAACACAACGUCGUAUUGUGCAAGGUGGGUAGACUGAAAGAUACCCCUGGUGUACGAAUAAAAUGUGUCCGUGGAAAAUACGAUUUACCUCAUGUAGUUAAGAAAACAAAUUGAUUACAUAAUUCGUUGAAUUUUUUAUAAAAAUAUCAUUAUUGUAAACGGUGGAAUGCUAUCGCAGCUUCUUGUAUAAAUACCAACAAGCGACGUUAUUAAAGCACCGUUCAAAUUGCUUGUAUAUAAUGAUGAACAUUAAUUAUUAUCACAUUAAUCCUUGA